AUGCAGACUGACAAGGAGGACUUACAAGCCCGGCUCAGCAGGGAGUGCUCGCAGCUUGAGUCGCGCCUGCAGGCCCAUGAGAAGCGCCAGCUGGAGGAGAGACAGGCUUGGAUUGAGGAACGAACGAGGCUGGAGUCGCACUGCAGCGAGCAGGAAAAGCAGCUGGAUGCAAAGCAGGUCAACUUGGACCAGCUCCAUCGAUCAACUGCAGUCUCGGAGACAGCUCUCGCCUCAAAGGUCAGCGAGACCCAAAGUCUGGAUCAGGUAGCUGCCGAACUUCAACGACAAAUGCGUGAGUCUGACGACGCCCUGGCUGCGGCAGUCCGGAGCAAUGAGGAUCUCCGAAACCAACUAGAGGAACAGCGCUUGCGCUUCCAGGAGAAAAACAACGUCGACCUGACAGACUGCCGGGGAUACUGCGAACGCCGCCUCACCGAACACCGGAGGGCAGACGAGGUUGAGUCCGCCCUGGCAUUGCAACAGGUUGAGGCAAUGGAGAGUGAGACGAAGGCUGGCGAGGAGGAAGAGAUUGUCAAGAGUGAUGAGGAGAUCCGUGUGACUGCUGCUGGCAGUGUCUCAGCUUACGUCUCCCGCGCUGCAACGGUCUUCAAUGACCUGGGCAAGUCCUUCGUCAUCAUUCAGGCGACCGGCAACGCGCUGACUAAGGCUGUGACUACUGCUGAAGUCAUCAAGCGCCGAUUUAAGGGUCUGCAUCAGAUCACAAACAUCGGCACCACCGACAUCGUGGACGAGUACGAACCCAUCGAGGAAGGCCUGGACAAGGUCGUAGACACACGCAGUGUGUCCGUCAUCGAGAUCAAGCUGUCCAAGGACGCCUUGGACACAUUCGACAAGGGCUACCAGCCACCUCUGGACGAGUCCCUCGUGAAGGAGUACACACCAGACGAUCGCCCUGCUGGAGGAAAGGGCAAAGGUCGCGGAAAGGGUAAGGGACGUGGUAAAGGGCGAGGAAAGGGUCGCGGAAAGGGCCGCGGAAAGGGCAAGGGAGAAGCCAAAGGCAAGGGCAAGGGAAAGACCACCACAUCGAAGGGCAAGGGAAAAGGUAAGGGAGAGGCCAAGGGAAAGAGCUCCAGCAAAGGCAAGGGAAAGAGCCGAAGCUACGACGACUAUGAGGACGACUACGGCUACAGCGGCAAAGGGAAAAGCAAGGGAAAGGGCAAGUCGUCUGAGAAGGGCAAGAAAGGCUCGGACCUUGGAAAAGGUGGCAAGGCCCGAGACGAUAAGGGUAAGGGCGGUAAGGGGAAAGGCAAGGACAAAGGAAAGACGAGCAAGAGCAAGGACUACUACCAGGAUGACUACAGUUACGGAACGCAGAGCAAAGGCAAAGGAAAGUCUUCAUAUUCAAGCUAUGGAUCAGGUUACGAUGAUUACGGCUACGGAGGCAAGAGCAAGGGAAAGAGCAAGGGCACAAGCAAAAGCACCCAGAGUUACGGAAGUGGCGGUCGCAGCUACAACAAUGACUGGGGAUAUGAGGACCGAGGUUACUCGAGUCGCAAAGGAAGCAGCAAGGGCCAGAGCAAGUCAUGGUACUGA